CCCCUUGGCAUUUGCUGCCUUCGCCGCUUCCCACGGCGGGAACAAGCGGCGCGUUCUGCAAGCGGCGGCGGGAGAAGAAAGGCCGCCUUGUCCGCCCCAGCGGUGGGGCGCCGGCCGGGGCGGCCACGCUCCCACCCCGCAUUCCUACAGCAGAGCCAGCUGGAGAGGGGCUGCACCCCGCGAAGGACGGGCUGGGGGGACGGCAGGCGUCUCCUGCGCGGUGAGGAGCCAGCGGCCUGUGCCCGAGAGUGCCUGGCGUCUCCGAGCGGGCACCAUGGAGGCAUCCGGCAGGACCCCCGCCAGCCCGACCCGCAGAGUCCAGACCAUCAUCCAGAACAGCCCCCUGGACCUGAUCGACACGGGCAAGGGGCUGAAGGUGCAGACAGAGAAGCCGCACUUGGUGAGCCUGGGCAGCGGCCGGCUCAGCACCGCCAUCACGCUCCUGCCGCUGGAGGAAGGGAGGACCACCAUCGGCACGGCCGCGAGGGACAUCGUCCUGCAGGGCCCCGGCCUGGCGCCCCAGCACUGCUACAUCGAGAACGUGCGGGGGACGCUCACCCUGCACCCCUGCGGCAACGCCUGCGCCAUCGACGGCGUGCCGCUGCGGCGGCCCACGCGCCUCACCCAAGGGUGCACCAUCUGCCUGGGCCAGGCCACCUUCCUCCGCUUCAACCAUCCCGCCGAGGCCAAGUGGAUGAAGAGCAUGAUCCCGGCGGGGAGCAGGAGCCCGGCGGCUCUCUACGGGCUGCCAGCAAAGCCCGAGGCCCUGGUGAACGGUGGCCGCCAGCCGUCGGAGCGCGGGUGUCCCAGCCACAGCUCCCUCGUCAGCUCCAUCGAGAAGGACCUGCAGGACAUGGACUCACUGGUGCUGGAGGAGCCGGCGUCCCCCGGCGGCAAGAAGCCACCCGCCGGUGGCCGGUCCCCCCUCUCCCCCGUGGUGAACGGGGGCGGGCGCUGCCUCCUGUCCUCCCCACCCAGCCCCGGGGCUGCCUCGGGGGGCUCCAGCUAUGAGAACUUCUCCCCCCUCUCCUCCCCGGCCAGCAGCGGCGGCUACACCAGCCCCUCGCCCAGCAGUCAGGAGCAGGGUCCGGCCGUGCCCCCCGUCGUCCCGCUCCGCUCUUCCAGCUACAACCACGCCGUGCAGCCGCCACCCCCUCCCAGCGGGGGUCCUGGCGAGCCUUGGCCACCUGAGAGGCUUGGGGACCACCGGGCGGGCAGCCCCCGGCUGACACCCAGGGCAGCGCCGCGGCCACGGGCAGCCCUGCAGGAGCGGCCCCCCAGCCCCUUCCGGGAGCCGCGGGACCCCCCGGCCCCCAGCCGGCAGCCCACCGGCAGGGCGGUCCCAGAGGCCCGGCUGCAGCCCCCCGAGAGCCCGCGGGCAGCCCGGAGGAAUGUGGAGAGCAUGCGAGAGCUGCCCCCGCUGAGCCCCUCCUUGUCACGCCGGGCCGCCAGCCCCCGGCCGGCCCCCGACGCCCCCUCCCCACAGCCCCGGCUGGGCAGGGAGGUGCCCGGCAGCCCCCGCACCAGACGCAAAGGCCCAGAGGAGACAAGGGUCACCGGGAGCCCCUCACCCCCGCUGCCGCCAGAGACCCCCCCGCGCCGCCCCAGCUUUGGCACCUGCCUGAGCCCGGCAUACGGGCUGGGCUCCCCGGCCAUGCCCUCGCCCCGGCAGAGCCCCCGUGCCCCCAGGAAGCCCUUGGGGGACCCACGGCCGCCGGCGGGGCCGCGGGAGCGCAAGAACAGCAUCACCGAGAUCAGCGACAACGAGGACGAGCUGCUGGAGUACCACCGGCGGCAGCGGCAGGAGCGGGUGCGGGAGCAGGAGAUGGAGCGCCUGGAGCGGCAGCGCCUGGAGACCAUCCUCAACCUCUGUGCCGAGUACACCAAGACGGACGGCACCGAGCCGGGCGACGUGCACCGGCUCCUGGGUGGUGAGGUGGAUGCUGGCCGGCGGGUCCCCAGGGGUGCCGUGGCCCUGGGCCGUGCUGCCGAGGAGCUGCGGCAGAGGGAAAGCCUGGAGAGGUCGGAUGAGGAGAACCUGAAGGAGGAGUGCAGCAGCACUGAGAGCACUCACCACGAGCACGAGGAGCUGGCGGGCCCCCGGGCCAAGGAGGCACAGCGGCUGGAGGAAGAGCGUGCCGGCGUGCUCAGCCGCCUGGACCAGCUCAAGGGCCGCAUCAAGGAGCUGGAGCAGCAGCUGCAGGAGACCUCACGAGAGGCGGAGAUGGAGCGGGCGCUGCUGCAGGGCGAGCGGGAGUCGGAGGCGGCGCGGCUGCGGCAGGAGCAGGAGGCGGUGCAGCAGCUGCAGGAGAAGCUCUCCAGCCUGGAUGCCAGCAUCCGGAAGGAGCGGGACAAGGAAAGGGCAAAGGUUGAUGCUGAAAGGAAGGAGCUAGAGCAACUCCGGGCGCUUUACCAUGAGUCGAAGAGCCACCUUGAUAAGUGCCCCGAGUCAAUGCGGGAGCAGUUGCGGGAGCAGAUGCGAAGGGAGGCGGAGGCGCUGGAGGCAGAGGCCAAGCUGUUUGAGGACCUGGAGUUCCAGCAGCUGGAGCGGGAGAGCCGCCUCGAGGAGGAGCGCGAGGCGCGGGGCCAGCAGCUCCUGCAGAGCCGGGCCGAGUGCCACCGCAGCAUCGCCCGCAGGAAGGAGCGGGUGGCCGCGCUGGAUGCCCAGGCUGCCCAGAUCCGGCUGCAGAGCGCCCAGGAGGCUGAGCGCCUGGCCAGGGAGAGGAACGGCGUCCUGCAGCUCCUGCAGAAGGAGAAGGAGAAGCUCAUGUCUCUGGAGAGGCGAUACCAGCUCGUUACAGGUGGCAGGAGCUUCCCCAAAACGUCUUCAGCUCUCAGAGAGGAGACCCUCCAUAUCUCAGAGCCUUAUGAGCUGUUGGAGGGAUCUAAGCCCCUGAGCCCCCUGCCAGCAGCGGCUGCCUCCUUAGCUUCUCCUGCCACCCGCUCCUACCCCAAGGCACAAGAGGAGUACAUGAGGCUGUCUGACGUUUUCAGGUUCUGCAGCAAUGCGCACGGCCCCAUCCCGGACACUAAAGCUUCUGCCACUGCCCCUGCUGCCGCUCAGCGCUCUUUCUUGCUUGCUGUACCUCCCGCAGCCGACGAGGUACCCGCUCCAGAGCAUGCUCGGGUUUGCUCCCUCGGGUUGCCUGCCGCAUCCUGGGCACUGAGAAUGUUGCAGACCGUGCGGCCGCCCCGGUGCUCGGAGCCCACCUCUCUCUUGGGCUGGGGGACUUGUUUGGCUGCAGCUGAGCAGGGAGCAGAGGCUGGAGCCACCCGAACUCCUUGCUGGGGAGCACUUCUUGCCUGCUCCAGCUGGGCUUUCCCCUCUGGGGCAGCGGCAGCAGGGCUGGGGAGCAGAGUGGGUGCCCAGUGGGGCGGGCGGGCACCCCUUUGCCUGUUGGACCUGGUCCCGGCCACCGCUCCCAGGCGAGGAGGGUGCAGAGCAGGCGGAGACCGGACCUGGUGCCCGGCACCGGGGCAGCAGUCAGCACCAGCUGCCCUUCCUCCUGAGGACGUGACACCCUCCUUUGGGGGCUGGAGCUGCCUGCUCAUUCCCCCGUGCCUUCUUGGCCUUGCUUGGAGCCCCUUCUCCCAGUUUAAUCUGCUUCUCUCUGCCCAGUACGUGACCGUUGAGCAGCUCUCAGGCAUCCUGGGUGGCCUCCGUGCCCCUGCUGCUUCCCCGCUGGGCUGUGCCCCUCCGGCUCCUUCAUCCUCAGGCUGUGCUACUCCUCCUCCUCUUCCGUCUCUCUCUUCUUCCUCCGUCUCUGCAGAGAUGGAGCAGCAGCUGCCGGAGGGCCCCGUGUGGCUCCCGGCUCUUGAUUUAGAGAAGUGGUACCAGGAGGUCAUGGCUGGCUUUGAGACCUCCUCCUCCUCUGUCUCUCCUCCUUCUUCCCCUCCUCCGCUUCCAGCUAAAGCUCAUUCCUCUCACAAGCCUCUCCAGGUCUAUCGUGCCAAAACAGAGGGCGAUGCUGGUGCCCUCGCCCCUCGGAUGAAGAGCGGGACCCCCUCGUCCUCACAGCUCAACCUCUCCGUGCUGGGGCGCAGCCCCUCGCCCAAGCUGACCGCCUGCCGCCCUGCCCAGGGCCCCCCGAGCCCGGCGGGCAGCCUGCCCCGCAACCUGGCGGCCACGCUGCAGGACAUUGAGACCAAGCGCCAGCUGGCCCUGCAGCAGAAGGCCGAGCCGCUCCCAGCAGAGCUCUUGCAGCCGGGCGAUCUACCAGGUCAGCAGGUGAUCGAGGAGCAGAAGCGGCGGCUGGCGGAGCUGAAGCAGAAAGCGGCUGCCGAGGCUCAGUCCCAGUGGGAAGCCCUGCAUGGGCAGCCCCUCUUCCCCGCUGCCUUCCCCCCUCUCAUGCAUCACUCCAUCCUCCACCACCACCGGCCCCACGGCGUCGGGCCCCGGGCCGAGGAGCUGGACCACGCGUAUGACACCCUCAGCCUGGAGAGCUCGGACAGCAUGGAGACCAGCAUCUCCACCAGCAACAACUCUGCCUGCUCGCCUGACAACAUCUCCAGUGCCAGCGGGAUGGAGGUGGGGAAGAUCGAGGAGAUGGAGAAGAUGCUGAAGGAGGCGCACGCGGAGAAGUCGCGGCUGAUGGAGUCCCGGGAGCGGGAGAUGGAGCUGCGGCGGCAGGCGCUGGAGGACGAGCGCCGGCGCCGGGAGCAGCUGGAAAGGCGGCUGCAGGACGAGACCGCGCGGCGGCAGAAGCUGGUGGAGAAGGAGGUCAAGCUGCGGGAGAAGCACUUCUCGCAGGCUCGUCCCCUGACGCGGUACCUCCCCAUACGCAAGGAGGAUUUCGACCUGCGGCUGCACAUCGAGUCCUCGGGCCACGGCGUGGACACUUGCUACCACGUCAUCCUGACGGAGAAGAUGUGCAAGGGCUACCUGGUCAAGAUGGGCGGCAAGAUCAAGUCUUGGAAGAAGCGGUGGUUCGUCUUCGACCGCAUGAAGCGCACCCUCUCCUACUACGUGGAUAAACAUGAAACGAAGCUGAAGGGCGUCAUCUACUUCCAAGCCAUCGAAGAGGUGUACUACGACCACCUCCGCAGCGCGGCGAAGAGCCCCAACCCUGCCCUCACCUUCUGCGUCAAGACCCACGACCGCCUCUACUACAUGGUGGCACCCUCGGCCGAGGCCAUGCGUAUCUGGAUGGAUGUCAUCGUCACCGGGGCAGAGGGGUACACCCAGUUCAUGAACUGAGGAUGGGCAGGUGCUGGGCACCCCAGCUCCACCAGCUUGAUGGACUGAGCGCCCCGAGCAGAGAGGAUCUCCUGGGGGGCCGUGGUCCCUGCUGCGCCCCGUGCCCAGGGCUGUGCCCGCUGCAGCGGUGGAACCGCACCGUGCCCCGCGCCAGACGUCGCCCGCGCUGCUAAGGGAAUAAUUUUAUCUUUUUUUUUUUUUUAACGUUGACUUUUUGAAAACAAAAUUUAUUGGAAACAUAUCAAAAAGUGCUGAAACGUAAAAAGCUGCCAAAGACCUGCCAGCGCCUGGAGCUUUUUGCAUCUGGGAGAUGCUGGACUGGAGACUGACGCUGUUACUUGCUGCCCCAGUUUGUCAGCAAGGGACGGUACAGCCGAGCCCUGACGCCAACCGGCCCCAAGUAGCCGGGACCCCUCUCUUUAGUAGCCUGAGACCCCUCUUGGUAAAACCUCUGUAACCCCACCUCGGGCCCUGGCCGGGCGGUGAGCGUGGGGCGGGCUACCCAGCCAUAAAGCAUUUCAUGAAGCCAG